AAGGGUAGCUACAAAAUGAAAAAAUAAAUGAAAAUUCUCAUUGAUAAAUGAUCUACUUGUAAUGUUGAUGCUUCAUUCCGAACAGUGAGUGAACUGGUUAGGACUUGUUGUAGGGAACAUAAUGGAAAACCAACCAUUUCUAGUGGGGCUUGACUCACACUCACACACACACAUUGCAGAUUUAUCAUCAGAUGCUAUUGAAGAAUUCUUGGAACAUAGGCCUAUUGGGUUGAGAUGGUGGCUUAAACUUGUUGCUUGGGAGUCAAGACUCCUAUGGAUCCUUUCUGGUGCUUCUAUUGUUGUCUACCUUUGCAAUUUUAUGUUAAGCUUUGUGACCAUGAUGUUUUGUGGACAUUUAGGAUCUCUAGAGCUUGCUGGAGCAUCCAUAGCCAGUGUUGGAAUUCAAGGUCUUGCUUAUGGCAUUAUGCUAGGAAUGGCAAGUGCAGUGCAAACUGUGUGUGGACAAGCUUAUGGAGCCAAAAAGCAUGCAGCAAUGUGCAUAACAUUGCAGAGAGCAAUCAUCUUACAUUUUGGUGCAGCAGUGAUUCUCACAUUUCUCUAUUGGUUCUCUGGAGAUUUUCUAAAAGUCAUAGGACAGACAGAGAGCAUAGCCGUGCAAGGUCAAGUGUUCGCUCGUGGACUUAUUCCGCAACUCUACGCAUUUGCAUUCAGCUGUCCAAUGCAGAGGUUUCUCCAAGCGCAGAACAUUGUUAAUCCUCUGGCAUAUAUGGCAGUUGGAGUUCUCCUUCUUCAUGCGCUUCUUAGCUGGCUAGUCGUUGUUGUUUUAGGCUAUGGCCUUCUAGGUGCAGCCCUUACUCUCAGCUUUUCUUGGUGGAUUCUUGUCUUUUUAAAUGCAUUGUACAUCAUUUUUAGUCCAAAAUGCAAGGAAACUUGGACUGGCUUCACUAUGAAGGCCUUCAUAGGAAUUUGGCCUUACUUUAAGCUUACAGUUGCUUCUGCUGUGAUGUUAUGCUUGGAGAUAUGGUACAAUCAAGGACUAGUACUCAUAUCAGGGCUGCUAUCUAAUCCCACAGUGGCACUGGAUUCUAUUUCCAUUUGCAUGAAUUACUUAAACUGGGAUAUGCAAGUCAUGUUGGGCCUUGGUGCAGCAGCCAGUGUGCGAAUUAGCAAUGAAUUAGGAGCAGCUCAUCCAAGAGUAGCAAAAUUUGCCAUCUUCGUCGUGAAUGGGAAUAGUAUCCUCAUAAGCGUAGUUCUGUCCGCCAUUAUUUUGAUAUUCCGGGAUGGUUUGAGAAACCUUUUCACUUCUGACUCUGAAGUCAUUGAAGCUGUAUCUGACUUGACUCCAUUGCUUGCCAUUUCUGUCCUUCUGAAUGGCAUUCAACCUAUACUGUCAGGCGUUGCAAUUGGAAGUGGAUGGCAAGCUUUGGUGGCUUAUGUAAACUUGGCUUGUUACUAUGUCAUUGGUCUUACUGUUGGAUGUGUUCUUGGCUUUAAAACUUCUUUAGGAGUAGCUGGUAUCUGGUGGGGAAUGAUCCUUGGAGUUUUUAUACAGACUGUUACACUAAUAAUUCUGACUGCCAGAACAAACUGGGGUGUAGAGGUUGAAAAAGCUAUUGUUCGCGUCAAGAGAUCUGCUGAAGACGACACUUUGGAUCGACUGGUUGCCGACGUAUAGAGGCAUUUCUUACUGUAACUUCUCUAUUCCAGCAAUCCAGGCAUGGAUGGAAGAACACUUUAGCAGAUUUGUCUUGUUUUCAAACUUCAGGGAUAUUGAUGUUGGGUUUGUUCUGUAUAUCUUCUAGGAUUCUGAGUUUGGGCAUAAGCUCAACAACUAAGCUGAAUAGGAAGUUGGAUAAGAAUUUCAUGACAUGGCAGGUUGUUAGUAUAUGUGAGGGAAUAUCUGACAAGGAAGGAAAGUGAGGGUAUUUAACAUCUUUUCUGUUAGAAAUCUUUUGGGUUGAGCAAUAACUCUUGAAUACGGGGUUCUUCUGUUUCGAACAAAAAAAAGGGGAUUCUUUUGUAAUAUCAUUUCCUGUCCUCUGUUAAUUUGGUUUCCUAAAAAAUAUCAGUUCAUACAUUUUUAUGA